CCGCCAUGUCUGUCACUAUCGAGCGGGAAUUUGAGGAGCUGGACGCUCAGAAUCGCUGGCAGCAGCUGUACUUGGAAAUUCGAAAUGAGUCCCAUGACUAUCCUCAUAGAGUGGCCAAGUUUCCAGAAAACAGAAAUCGAAACAGAUACAGAGAUGUGAGCCCAUAUGAUCAUAGUCGGGUUAAGCUGCAGAAUACUGAAAAUGAUUAUAUUAAUGCCAGUUUAGUGGACAUAGAAGAGGCUCAGAGGAGUUACAUCUUAACACAGGGUCCACUUCCUAAUACGAGUUGUCAUUUCUGGCUCAUGGCUUGGCAGCAAAAGACCAAAGCAGUUGUCAUGUUAAACCGAGUCGUGGAGAAAGAAUCAGUUAAAUGUGCACAGUACUGGCCAACAAAAGAUGACCAAGAGAUGCUGUUUAAAGAAACAGGAUUCAGUGUGAAGUUCUUAUCAGAAGAUGUGAAAUCAUACUACACAGUACAUGUACUACAAUUAGAAAAUAACAAUAGUGGUGAAACCAGAACAAUAUCUCACUUUCAUUAUACCACCUGGCCAGAUUUUGGAGUUCCUGAAUCACCAGCUUCAUUUCUCAAUUUCCUAUUUAAAGUGCGAGAAUCUGGCUCCUUGAACCCUGAGCAUGGGCCCGUGGUAGUCCAUUGCAGUGCUGGUAUUGGGCGAUCUGGCACUUUUUCCUUAGUAGACACCUGUCUUAUUUUGAUGGAAAAAGGAAAUGAUAUUAACAUUAAACAAGUGUUACUGAAUAUGAGAAAGUAUCGGAUGGGACUUAUUCAGACACCAGAUCAACUGAGAUUCUCAUAUAUGGCUAUAAUAGAAGGAGCCAAGUAUAUAAAGGGAGAUUCAAAUAUACAGAAACAAUGGAGAGAACUUUCUAAAGAAGAUUUAUCUCCUGCUUUUGAUCAUUCAUCAAUCAAAAUAAUGACUGAAAAAUACAAUGGGAACAAAUUAGGCUUAGAAGAAGGAAAAUUUGUGAGUGACCGGUGUACAGGAUUGCCCUCUAAAAUGCAGGAUACAGUAGAGGAAAAGAGUGAGAGGCCAAGAUUGACAGACACCUAAGUGUUCAUGACAUAAGAAUAUACUGCAUCCAUAAGAAUAUACUCCAUCUAUAAAUUUUGAACCAUUGAUGUGCAAGCAAGACAUGACGGCCACUCUGGAAACUAAAGUGAGGCUGAUAGAUCUUUAGAUUGCCUUACAACUGUCUGUUUACAAAGUAAACUUUAUAUCCAGGGAAUGAAGAACACCCACCAGCAGGAGACUUUGCUAAUCUAAUUUGGUUUAUUUUUACAUGUGUGUAUGAAAUAUAGAAAGAUGUAAAAGAAAGAAGUGAAAGGAAACUACUUUGUAUUCUACUGCCAUUCCUACUGUAUUUUUAUACCUUUUGGCAGCAUUAAAUAUUUUUAUUAAA